UCUGCUCGGAUUGAAGACGUUGAGGAGGUGAGCGCGUGCCGUCGUCCAGAGAAAGUGACUCUUCACGGGAGGCAAACAUGAGGUUUCGGUUGCUGAGGAGGAACGUGCUCGCGCUGCUGGGGGUCGCCUUCGUGGUUGUGACUCUCCUGCUCUCCACGCGGGUUCUGGUCGUUUCUGAGGAGAGUGACUUCCAGCUACCCAGAACUGUGACUGACAGGAGUGCGGACUCGCUUUCCUGUGACACCCUCAGGUUCAGGUAUGACUCCCUGGACGGAUUGAGGCAGUCCGUCUACGGUGCCAACUACAAACAGUGCGUUCUCAACGCAGAGAAGUUCCCAGGGGAUCCCCAGCUGGUCCUGGUGGUGCAGGUUCACAACCGACCAGAAUACCUCAAACUGCUCAUCAGAUCCCUGGAGAGAGCCGCAGAGGUUCACAGCUUCCUCCUCAUCUUCAGCCACGAUUACAUUUCUGAGGAAAUGAACAGAAUCGUGCGUGGGAUAACUUUCUGCAAGGUUCUGCAGAUUUAUUUCCCCUUCAGCACUCAGCUUUAUCCCAAUGAGUUUCCUGGGCAGGACCCGCAGGACUGCCCCCGAGACCUGCCCAAGGACAAAGCCCUCCAAACAGGAUGCCUCAACGCCAAGCACCCGGACUCAUACGGACACUACAGGGAGGCUUUCAUCACGCAGACCAAACACCACUGGUGGUGGAAGCUGCACUUCGUGUGGGAGCGAGUGAACGCCAUGCAAGGCUACAGCGGCUUUGCCAUCUUCCUGGAGGAAGACAACUACGUCCUACCGGAUUUCUGUCAUUUUUACAAAUUAAUGGCUGAUUUUAAAAAGACUUGCUCAGAUUGUGACUUGUUGGCUUUGGGCAAUCACAACGACUUGAGCGAGUUUACCAGCCUUUCUAAUAAAGUAUUAACCACGGGGUGGUUGUCCACCAAACACAAUAUCGGCAUGGGCAUCUCCAGGGAGGUGUACUACAAGCUGAUGGGCUGCAGUGACGAAUACUGCACAUACGACGACUACAACUGGGACUGGACGCUGCAGCACCUCUCUGGAACCUGCAUAUCCAAGCCUCUGAAGGUGCUCGCCGCGCUGGGGUCCAGGGUGCUCCACACAGGAGACUGCGGCCUCCACCAGAAGGAGAGCUGCAAUCCCGAGCGGGCCUUGAAGAGGGCCGAGGAGAACGUGCAGAAGGCUAAAAACAGCCUGUUUCCUCAGGCGCUCGAACUCAGCGCCGCAGAGACGGUGGAGCACAAAGCCCACAUGAAGAACGGAGGAUGGGGAGACAUCCGGGAUCACAUUCUGUGCAAAAACUAUGCCAAACGUCUUUGAAACCACCCGAUUUCUUUGGUUUCAAUGUGCAGAUGUGCCAAAUUUAAAUGGCGAUAGAUGGGACUCAAAUGUCUUUUUCAUUCACCAAAGGCUCAUCGAUGCCAAAGACUUUAUUUCUCAGUGUUUCAAAAGCCAAAAACUGAUCAUAUUAAUAACAAAUUAAUAUAUAAAGAGGGUAAAAUCUAUGACUAAUAACUCUUUGCUUUUUUACUGACUUGGGGUCGUGACCCGGAACUCAAAAGUCACCUGAUUGCUGUUUGACAUCCCUGUAGUUCUCUUUAUGUAGCACAACUUUUCAUGAUGGUGCCUUAACUUCUAUAAGAUUCCCAUCAUAUGAACACAAAGUGGAAUUGAUGUAGCGGAAUGUAAACUUGUGCUGUCAGUGUUGGACCAAAGGGAAUUUUUUUUUUUUUUUUUUGAGCUAAGCUUACUUGUCACAUUGACUUUGGGCUUUUCCAGGCAGAGUUUGAACUGUAAAUUGAUUAUCUGAUGCCCUUUUGGAAUCUCUUGUAUUGUGUAAAUAUCAAGCUCACAUGUUCUGCUUUUCUACGUUUGCACCUUUUGUUUUUUGUAUAACCAUGUUUGGGAUUCUUCAUUUAAAUAAGAGGAUGAAAUGUACUGAUUUUUUUUUUGUAAAUAUAUUUUUUUAAAUAAUAAUUUUGCUUCAUAACUGUGACAUCAACAGCAGUGAUUUUUUUUUUUUUUUAAGUUGGGGCUUUUUUUCCUCCUAAUUUGGUUUGUGAGAAAUUUCUAUGCACUGGUGUUACUGUCAGCAAAGUACUUAACACAGCAAUAUUUUAUGCUGUUAAAAUGUAUGUAUACUAUUUACUUUUUUUGUCUUCAUGUAAUGUUGUAAAAAAAAAAAACUCAAUUUGACCCCAGAAAGAGGUUUAACUUGAUGUGCCUUAUGGGAAUUCCUUCAAAAUAAAAGGAAAGGGAAAAUGCAAUACAUUCCAGCCUAAAUGUUGGUAUUAAGCAGAACACAAAGCUUGGGGAAAAUGAAAAUCAUAAUUGUAAAAUGACCAUUUUGUAUGUAUAUUUGUAUUUUUUUUUCUGAAUAAUACCAAAUAUUUUCUGACACACUUUUUUUGCUCUGAUAAUCACUUGAAUUUGGUGUUCAAUCUUUGCUUUGUGCCAAAUGGGAAAAUAAAAGAUGAUUUUUUUCCCUCUAUAUUGUGAACAAUAAAUUUCGCAAUAAAUA